UGUGCCUUGCAAUGUCAAAGCCACAGCAAACGAACAAUGAAGUCCUCAUUCUAAUACAUGCGCAGUCCGUAUAUGAUAGUCUAUUGCAGGUACUUGGCAGCCUCAUUAUUGAUCCUUCGCUGGACCUUCCUCUGGUCGUCUGGGCAGCCUUGGGAGCCUCCGUUGUGCUCAUUGCUCAGCUUGAAUUCCUUUCCAUCGCAAAAGACUUUCUUCUUCCUCAUCCCACUGAUCUUCUCGUUGGGGCUCCUUUUCGUCUGCGUUGUCGUCCAAAAUAGAACAAAUGUUGAUGAUCGAGCUCGAUUAGAUAAUAGCCAGCCAGGAAAUAUGCACUCAACGACCCUCGAAUUCCACAAGAUCUAAAGAGAGAGAGAGAGCUUUCAAGUUGGGCACCGACAAAUAGAGAACAUCUGUGUCGCGGAACUCAGCGUGCUGCGUGCUGGUUUGAAGAUGUAGGGGCAUCGUUGGAGGGCAGUUUUCUCCACAGGUCGUUGCAUGUCGCGCAGAUGGAACAUGCUAAAUCAACUGCACAUCGGAUCUAGGGGACUUGAGAGCUUGUAUCCCAACACUGGGCCUUGUCGCUCGUGGUGUGUUUGUCAGUCAGUUCGGGGAUCACAUGUGGGCAUAUGAAUGGAUAGUCAGAUGGAAAAGAGCAAUGCAAAUUCCUUCGUCGUCGGCGAUAUCACCGAGUCUUCCAGGCGACCACGAAAAGCUCCUAGAGUACUCUGUCAUCCAGAAGCAAUAAGUAUAAUCGCUAUCGACUACCCCUUCGCCGAUAUGUUUGCGCAACAAGCGUUCAAUGGCAUCGCUAUUCGACAAUUGGACAUCAUGGUGGAGUUUUUCUGAGUCGUGUAGCUUGCGCCAUUCGAAACUUGAAACAGCGGCGAUAUCCUCAUUGUGAACAACAAGUCCCUCAGCAUCUUGCCGAGGGUCCCAGUUGAUGCGAUACUGAUGAUGGGGGAAAUCGGCAGUCGGUCUACAAUGGUAGAUGGUACAAAGUUCUAUUUCUUCUGCCGGUCUUGGUAUCUGGGCGAGAACAGGACAGCUGAACAAGUUUUGUACGUCGUAGAAUAGCUUGACACGCAAGGGUUCCAAUGCUUGCAGGAAAACUCGUCCAGGAAGACCAUAGACAACACAGGGGCCGCGAAGAUGGAUUGAGAGUUUGGAUGGCGAUGUCCAACUCCUGGCACACAACCAUCCUAGGAACAAUCGUGCGUUUAGUGAGCAAUUGUGCAGGUGAAGCAGCCUCAAGCUGGGCAUCUCCGU